AUGGCUGAACUAUUUCUAAAAGUCAGCAGAUGUCAUAUCUGCCUGUCUUAUCUUGAGAGCCCAAAGCCUUACAAUAUGGACACGUGCUGUUUCCGAUGCAUACAUUUGGUGCCGAAAAAUCCAUAUGAGGGUAUUGUCAUGUGCCCCGCCUGCUCUGAGAUCUCUUGGGAGAAUGCAAUCAAGUCCAGUUUGAACCUUGGGAGGCUGGUUUCCAAGGUCAAAGAUCUGGAGCCCCAAAUGAGAGGGAUUCUCCAGAUGAACCCAAGGAUGCUGAAGUUCCAAGUGGACAAGAUCAUGGAUGUUGACACAGCCAACGAAUUCCUCAUCGUUUCUGAUGACCUGAGGAGCGUUCAAAGUGAGCUCAUCAAGCAGAAACAGCAAAAGCAUGCUGAGAGCUUCAGCCACGCCUUGUGUGUCCUGGGCUUCUCUCGCUUCACCUCUGGCCUCCACUACCGGGAGGUGGACGUGCGGGCAAGCAAGGAGUGGACUCUGGGCAUUUGCAAGGAAUCUGUUAAUCGAAAGGGGAGGGUCUGA